AUGCUGUGGUCAUUGCAGAACAUACUAUCCCCCUUCUUUUCUGCCUGCGAACAGUUACUGUUCAUUCAAAUACAAUGUCUGAUUGGCUUUAUCAUCUCUGGUUCUAUGGCACUCUCCUUCUUUAUGGAGAUAAUAUUUGAAGAGGCAGACUUGGACUUGUACAUUGAGUUCGGUAGAAGGAUACCGGUAUUCGAGUUCAUGCUCCAGGCAGGCUAUAUUUACAUGCCACGACUGAAGCAGAAUCCGUCUCUAGAGGAUAUCAUAGACAAAGGUGAUAUGACGAUCAUGAAUCCACCAAAGGUCACCUUUAGCUCUGCUGGAGACUACAAGGGACAGACAAUCAUUGCCAUGCUAGACUUCGUCUGUCCAGGGAGUGAGAGGAAGGUUCAAAUCAUGUUGACUAGAGGCACACCGAUAUACUGUGUGUUACAGUUCCAUUCCACAUGCGUCAUGAACUUUAUUAUGAGUACCCACGCAUAUUCGCUAUAUCCACUUGCUACUCUACAGCGCAAAUUUGCCGUGAACUCCUUCUUCACCAAAAGGUUGAUAGGAGAUCACCUGGCUAUUGUGAAGUACAAGGAACACGGCUUUACUUAUAUCCCAACUGGAGAAGAUUAUGAGGUGAUGUUCCAGCCAUACAAAUGUCGACGAGUGGGGGAUAAAUUCACUUUGACUGUUAGCCUGAAUAUGGAGAAGGAAGAAGAUGGGGACCUAUUCCAUCCCGAAAUGGCCAAUAUGUGGUGA